UCAGGCCAAAGGUUACUCAUUUUCUUGCUCCAGUACGCCGUGCUCUGUUUGUUCGAGCCCAGGUCACAAAGUUGCUAGCUGCGAUCGGUUCAAAACCUUCAACACUAACCAGCGCUUCGAGCACGCAAAGAAAAUGGGGCUCUGCAUAAAUUGCCUGUCCAAAGGGCAUCAAAUGGCUCAGUGCCCAUCAUCCCAUAGAUGCAAGGUUUGCUCAAAACAGCAUCACAGCUUACUUCAUCGUGGGUCUCCGCCAGCCCAACAAGCAACAAAUUCUCUAUCAUCAGCACGCGAUGCCGCAGUGCACACACACAUGCAAAAAUCGUCAGCAGACAACAUAAUCCUAGCAACCGCCAAGAUUUUAGUUCGCGACUCGUCCGGUGGUUACAGAUUAGGCAAAGCCCUACUGGACUCCUGCUCUCAGGCAUCGUUUAAGGAAUUUGAACUUCCGCUAACGCUUUGCAUUACUCCUCACAUUGCCUAUCAGCCAGACCCAGAAAUUGAUGUUUCAUCUUGGAAUAACCCAAACAAUAUUGCCCUUGCUGGCGACGAAUUUUUCGUAGCAAAGAAAAUUGACCUAUUGUUGGGUACGGAGACUUUCUUCAGCCUUUUGGCAGUCGGCCAAAUUAAACUUGGAACAAAUUUACCAAUUUUGCAAAAAACUCUAUUAGGAUGGGUUGUAUCGGGACGUUACCAAUCAAGCAACAAGUUACCGCAAUGUUCGUAUUUAUUUACAGCCAAUGACUCGUUGGAUGCCAAACUGGAGAAGCUGUGGAAAAUUGAAGAAGUUGCCGUCAAUGCAGAACCUUGGACUCGUGAACAAACCACUUGUGAGAAUUUGUACAAAAGCAUAGUUUCAAGGAAUCCAGCUGGCAGAAUAAUUGUGAAGCUGCCCUUCAAAGAUGAUCCCUCUUGCCUAGGUGAUUCGUAUACCACAGCAUUGAGACGUUUUAACUCACAAGAACGCCGCUUAGCAAAAUCGCCACAGUUGAGAGAGCAAUAUGUGAGCUUUAUGGAUGAAUACGAGGCCUGGGACACAUGA